AUGAAUGAACGCUUGCGUAUGAAGAGAGCUGAAAUGCAGUGGGGCCCCGAGAUGCGUACGUAUCCGCACCCAGAAAUGCGGUUAAUUCGCGCGUACCGGGCUUUUUCCGUUGUGUUGCUAAUUUGCGCGUGGCAGUGUUCACUUGUCAAUGGUCAAUCACCGCCGCCGAAGCGGUUGCCGCCGAUAAUUCUCGUUCCCGGAGACGGAGGAAGUCAGAUUGAAGCGAAACUCAACAAAACCGUCGUCGUGCAUUACAUUUGCCGCAAGCACUCCGACUUUUUCGACCUGUGGCUCAAUCUCGAGCUUCUCGUCCCGCUCAUCCUCGACUGCUGGGUCGACAACAUGCGUCUCGAGUACAACACCACGACGAGAACCACGACCAACUCUCCAGGAGUCACGACCAGGGUUCCCGGGUUCGGAGACACAGCCAGUGUCGAGUUUCUGGACCCGAGUCAGGUGUCCCCGAGUCGAUACUUUGUCGACAUCGCGACAGCGUUAGCUGGGAUUGGUUAUUCGAGGGGAACUACUCUGCGGGGCGCCCCGUACGAUUUCCGGAAGGCGCCGAAUGAGCUAGGCGCCUUUUUGGCGUCUUUCAAAGAGUUGGUGGAAGACACUUUCGCCAAGGCUGGCAACAGCAGAGUCGUGCUCGUGGUCCACAGCAUGGGUGGCCCGAUUAUGCUUAAUUUCCUCGCGCGACAAAGUCAAGAGUGGAAAGAUAAGUACAUUGGGUCCCUGGUGUCGUUGUCUGGUGCCUGGGGCGGCAGUUUGAAAGCUGUCAAAGUAGCUGCUGCCGGAGACAAUUUGGGCAUUUUCGUGUUGAACCAGUUGUCGUUGAGGACGGAGCAACGGUCUUCGCCGAGCCUUUCGUUCCUGUUUCCUAGUCGUCACUAUUGGAACAGUUCUGAAGUCCUGGUGUCUCGACCCGGGAGGAAUUACACCGUCGGCGACCUCGGGGAGUUCUUCAAGGACAUGGCGUUCUCUGACGGUUACGAAAUGUACCAGGACGUGAAGGAUUUGGUGGAUCCCACGCAACCCCCGGGUGUUGAGGUUCACUGCUUGCACGGAGUCGGGGUGCCGACGUGGGAGAAGAUUGUGUAUCAAAAGGAUUCGGAUUUCCCCGACAAACCGACGACAUUGAUCAACGGCGAUGGUGAUGGCACAGUAAAUCUGAGAAGCUUGGAAGCGUGUUCCUUGUGGGGAGGCAAGCAGAAUCAUCCGGUGUAUCACGUUAAAUUCCCGGGUGUGGAUCAUUUGGGUAUUCUGCGAGACGACGGUAUCAUCAAGUAUUUGACCAAGUUGAUGCGUAACUAUGAGGUAGUUGAGAAUCGCAGGGCGCGGAUAUUGCGCAGAACUUUAGAGAUGAAUGUGAAUCCGACGAGCGAUGGCCAAUGGGUUAUGCAAAAAGUGCGAGAAGAUGUCGCUGCUGCCGACAUUCUAGUCAGCCUGUGUAUCGCCGCUGCUCGGAGUUACCGUCACCACACUGCGCUGAAACCGUGUCCUCCGUCCCUCAGGGAAUCCGAUGAUGUUUCUCUACGCGAAAAGCACGAGGAAACGGUGGCCAAAUUGGAUCGCAUUCCACCUUUGCGCAUGAUUGACGACGUUGCAAUCAAUGGCCGUGAAGAAGUGAUAAAUUUUUUGCGAGGAGAUGAAACUACUCAGUUACUCCGUUGGAUCCUGCAUAGCAAUCAAUUUACGCUGAAAUCGGUUUCGCCUUCGUUGUUCGCAGAUGUGAAAAGAAAAACGGCUCAAGUCAUUGACACAAAGGGACCGAGUCAUUUAUUUGAAAUCGUGUGGCAGGAUGAAGAAAGUUGGUUGGCGAAGAAAGGUUCGACUCCUUCUAUUUUUGCGUAUCACGGGAGUCGUUUGGACAAUUUUCAUUCCAUUUUACGCUUGGGAUUGCAUCAGCAUCUCAACCAGAACUCCGCAUUCGGCGAAGGAACGUAUUUCUCCAAUGAAUUGAGCGUGUGUUUGACUUACAGCACAAACGGGAUCGCUUGGAAAAACAGCAUGUUGGGCGAUGUGCUUUCCUGCGUGGCGUUGUGUGAGAUAAUCCUUGGCGAUUGGGUGAAAAGUGGUUCAAAGCGAAAGGACGGAGUUCCCGAGAAAUAUUUCAUCGUUCAAAACAAUGACUACGUUAGGUUGACGCAUUUGCUUGUUUACGGCUCUUCUCCGAAAGCCACGAGUUCGGGGCAGUCUUGCAAUGCAUUGGGAAACAACGCACGUGCGGGAAUCCACGGGUUCGAGUGA